AUGUUCGUCAAGCAGCUCCUCACCGUGGUCUUAGUCUCUCAAUUCCUAAAAUCGUCUUCCCAAAGUUUUAACUUCACUUACAAUGGCUUCCGUCGUCCACUGAAUGACAUAUACCUCCAAGGGAUCGCCACCGUCACACCCAUCGGUCUCUUAGAGCUAACCGACACAACCGUGCAGCAAACCGGUCAAGCUUUCUAUGCCCGAUCAAUCCGGUUCAAAGAUUCUCCAAACGGCACCGUCUCGUCCUUCUCUACAACCUUUGUCUUUGCUAUCGGAACUCAGAUCCCACCACCACCACUCAGCGGCCACGGCUUAGCCUUUGUAGUCGCUCCUUACUUCGGCAUCCAAUCUGGCACUCCCAGCCAAUACCUCGGGCUCUUCAACGUCACAAGCAACGGUAAUGACACAAAUCAUGUGUUCGCUGUCGAAUUCGACACGAUUCAGAGUGCCGAGUUCGAUGAUCCGGACGAUAACCAUGUCGGAAUCGAUAUCAACAGCUUGAUUUCGAUUAACAGUUCGAGCGCUGGGUACUGGAACGAGACAAAUCAGUUUAAUAAUCUGAGUUUGAUCAGUGGUGCGCCGAUGCAGGUUUGGGUCGAUUACGAUGGUCUUACCCAUAAAAUCGAUGUGACGAUGGCUCCGUUCAACGAGAGUAAACCCUCAAGGCCGCUUGUUUCGGCUGUCAGAGAUCUUUCUUCCGUUAUUCAACAAGAAAUGUUUGUGGGUUUCUCGUCUGCGACUGGUUCUUCUCUGUCGGAGCAUUAUGUUCUCGGGUGGAGUUUCGGGAUGAAGGGGAAAGCUCCGCCGUUGGCCUUAUCGAAACUUCCGAACCUUCCGAUAGACUUCAACUACUCCGGACUUCCGGUAGGGGCCGUAGCGUUAAUAACUAUCAUCUCGUCGGUAUCAUUCUUUAUAAUCCUCUUGAUCAUCUUCCUUGUGCGAUUCAUUGUGAGGAGGAGAAGGAAGUUCGCGGAGGAGCUUGAAGAUUGGGAAACACAGUUUGCGAAAACACGAAUGAAGUUCAAGGACUUGUACUACGCCACCAAAGGGUUCAAGAAGAAGGGCCUUCUCGGAUCGGGUGGGUUUGGGAGCGUUUACAAAGGUGUCAUGCCCAAGACGAAGAAGAACAUCGCCGUGAAAAGAGUCUCAAACGAAUCCCGACAAGGUUUGAAAGAGUUUGUGUCUGAGAUCGUGAGUAUUGGUCGGAUGAGUCACCGGAACUUGGUCCCUCUCUUGGGUUAUUGCCGCCGAAAAGACGAGCUUUAUCUGGUGUACGAUUAUAUGCCCAACGGAAGCUUAGACAAGUAUCUCUACAAUAAUCCGGAGGUAACUCUUAACUGGAGACAGAGGUUUAAAGUCAUCAAAGGAAUAGCCUCUGCUCUAUUCUUCAUUCACGAGGACUGGGAACAAGUGGUGAUUCACCGCGAUGUCAAAGCCAGCAACGUCUUGUUAGACGCAGAGCACAAUGGGAGACUCGGAGAUUUCGGUUUAGCCCGGUUGUGCGGUCACGGGUCGGAUCCUCUAACCACGCACGUCGCUGGAACAUGGGGAUACCUAGCCCCUGAUCACAUCAGGACAGGAAAGGCCACGACCGCUACUGAUGUUUUUGCGUUUGGGGUGCUCCUACUUGAAGUGGCGUGUGGUCGGCGUCCUAUAGAGAUUCAGAACGAGAGAAGUGAGAGGGUUUUGCUUGUGGAUUUGGUUUUUGGGUUUUGGAAUGAGGGAAACAUCUUAGAUGCUAAGGAUCCGAAUCUUGGGACAGAGUAUGAUCAAAGAGAGGUGGAAAUGGUUUUGAAGCUAGGUUUGUUGUGCUCUCACUCAGACCCACUUGCUAGACCAACUAUGAGACAAGUUUUGAAUUACCUAAACGGAGACGCAUUGUUUCCAGAUUUGUCACCGUUGGACUUACGUGGCAACGGGGUGAUGAUGUUGGGGAUCCACCAUAGAGUUGGUGAGCCAGUUAUGUCUAACGGUGGAUCUUCCAUGGUUGACUCUGUACUCUCUGGUGGAAGGUGA